UCCUUAAGCAAAUUGUGGCAAGUGUUUAAAUAUGUCUCUGUACCUAUGAAGACAUAUGUUCACACAGUAAUGAUGUAGUGCUUGGCAUUUCUUACGGUUUUGUUUUUUCACCUUGCCAAUGGUAUAUCUUGUAGAAAAAAAAAUUGUUAAGCCCACGUCAUGCCAAGAAGAUCAUAAUUGAGGGAGAAGACUUGGAAGAUAGGAAGAGGAAAUACAGAAAGAGAAAAGGACAAGGGGAGCGAAAGAAUGGAAAGUUGGUCCAUAAAUGAUGUGCCGCGUCUUCAGUAAAGUGUGCAAAAACCAACCAGUACACAGUAUAAUUGGCUUCCUUGUGAAAACCAGCAAGGAGGCUGAGCUGUAGCUCCUAGUUGACUGGGGCAUGAAAUAGGAGCAACACACUUGUAACCCAGUUGAGAUUAUAGACAUCUGCCAAAAAUGAUUUCUUCAAAACCCAGAAUUGUCGUACCUUAUGGCCUCAAGACACUGCUUGAAGGAGUCAGCAAAGCCGUCCUCAAAGCCAGACCACAAAACAUCACCCAGUUUGCAUCAGUUUAUUUUAAAGAACUUAUUCUCUUUAGAGAAGGGAAUGCUUCUCUGGAUAUAAAAGAUCUAGUUAAGCAGUUUCAUCAGAUUAAAGUUGAGAAGUGGUCAGAAGGAGCAACACAAGAGAAGAAAGCCAAAUGUGUAAAAGAACCAACAGGAACAUCCACAGUUUCCCAAGAACCUACACGGGUGGAAAAAUCUACGGACACAGAGGAGGACAAUAUAGCUGGACCACUGUUUAACAACAAAACCACUCAGUUCCCAUCAGUUCAUGCUGAGCAGCUCCCAGAGCCUGAGGAGACAUCCAAAGCAGUUCGUGGUCCUUCAAAACCAGCCACACCUAAGAUCACUACCCCCGCCUCAUCACCAUCUCCAACAGCUGUCCCACCAGAGCUGGCCUAUGUCCCAGCUGACCCAGCUCAGUUUGCUGCUCAGAUGUUAGGUAACGUUUCAUCUAUUCAUUCUAAUCAGUCUGAGGUUUUAAUGGUGAAUGUGGCAACAUGUAUGCCUAUUAUUUCCAACGAGGUGUUGAGCUCAGAGGCAGCUGAAGAUAACGUGUCAGCUGCUUCUGUCAUGUAUUCUGGAGAGGGGGUAGCAAUGCAGGUUGAAACAUCUGUCCAUGUAGACUUGGUCUCUAAACAUAAAGACGAUAAGGCUGAAGCAUCCACAGCUUCCUCACUCCCCUUGCAGGAUGAACAAGAACCUCCUGCUUACCAUCAAGCUCCUGAGGUCCCUUUGCAGGCUGAUAUUGAGGUUACAUCAACCGUUCAUAUAUCAUCUAUCUAUAAAGAUGAGCCUGUGACUGAAGGAGUUACUUAUGUGCAGCAAACACCAGAACAAAUGGCCAUCCCUUUAACUGAUCAAGUUGCUUGUCUUAAAGAAAAUGAGCUGUCCCCACUAGUUAGCCUCAUACCUGUAGGCAAGACAGCCUCAGACAUGUCUGAAAACUCUGCAAAAUUUGCACAGUUGGGGGAUGCAAAAUAUGAUCCCUCAGUAUAUGUGGAGGGAGAAGCCACAGUUGUGAUCUCUGACGAUUCUUUGAAUGGUCCACCUGCACAAUCCUUGGAUGUAGAGGGCUCUACCAUAGCAGCAGGCUCUGAAAAAUCUCUGCACCUUGAAGUGGAGAUGGUUGCAGUAGUGCCUGGGCAGGAAGAGUCAUAUGAAAACUCUGAAUCCCAGGAAAUGGAGGUCAAACCUUCAGGGGGAGCUACAAAAGCUGAGCACGCAGGUACUUCUAUAAGAUCGUCUAGUGGCCCCCUUUAUCCUGUACCAGAAGGUUCUACUCAACCAGAAGUUGAACCAGAAUGGGAAGCAGCACCUGAGCAAGGUUUGAUGGAGCCAGCAAUAGCAACAAGCGAAGCAGGACAAGCACCACCAUAUUCUAACAUGUGGACCCUUUAUUGUCUAACUGAUAUGAAUCAACUAAGUCGCCCAUCACCGCCACCUGCUCCUGGGCCUUUCCCCCAAGCAACCCUCUAUUUACCUAAUCCUAAUGAUCCACAGUUUCUGCAGCAUCCACCGAAAGUUACUUCUCCAGUUUAUGUGAUGAUGGAUGACGGCAAGAAGACCAGUGCCCCGCCUUUUAUUCUAGUAGGCUCAAAUGUUCAGGAAGCGCAGGAUUGGAAACCUCUUCCUGGACAUGCUGUGGUCUCCCAGGCAGAUCCCUUGAAGAGAUGUGCUGCAGUCCAAGUUCCCAUUGCAGUUCCUGCAGAUCAGAAAUGCCAGAAACACCCCCCCAAACUCCAGAAUGCUAGUGCUCCUACAAGUGGACAAGAUGUCCCCAGGCCACAAAGCCCAGCUUUUCUUUCUGUUGCUUUCCCAGUAGAAGGUGUCGCCAAAAGCGGUUCAGGGUCUGGCGACACACAUGCUCCCUUAGGAAGUUAUGGCAUUGCUGGAGAAAUAACUGUGACUACUGCCCAUGUUCACAGAGCAGAACCUUAAAACUGGCAGGUAUUUUCCCUACCAUAACAUGUAGGAAUUUUCAGCAUUGUGAUUUGUUGACCUGGGGCUGAGAUAUUUAAAAAAUUGAAUUGAGAUAUGCAGUGAGUUGGGUAUAUUCUAAUUUGAUGAGUUAUUGUCUCCAGCUUCCUUACCACCAAUUACUAAUAAAUGCACAGCCGUGUAUUGCACCAUGAUGACUCACACCAAGGAUUUGGUGCCUCCUACGGGAACCAAUCAACCAACCGCCUUUGAAUACCUUGUUCUGUGACUAGCCAUGGGAGAUGCUGAAGGGGGGUGGAUUCAAAAACAAAACCCAAAACAAAAAAACAUUCUUAGUGUCACUGGAGGUUCAUGGGAUGUCCAAGACAGGACUGAACCAGGAGCAGUGGUGACCAGCUUCUGGUCUCCACGCAAGAAAGAAUUCAAGAGCGAGACAGACAUAGGGACACACGGGGAGCUUACUGAAAUGAAAGUACAUACAUGAGAGAGGGGGAAGUGUGGGUGAACUCAGUCCCGCACAGGAAGUCCCUACUGGAAGUUUUUAUCCCUCCCAGGGUAGGGCUUGGUGACAUUCCAUUGAUGUACCUCCUCAGUUUCCCGCUUUUCUUCCUUAUUUGGUUUCUCCAAAACUGUCAUGGCAACAGAUGCAUCCUGGGAGUCAUAGUAACUCAAUGCAAAUAAGAUUAUAAUGACAUUAACAUUAGCCAAAGGUCAGGUCCAGGGCAUAGGGAUUAGCCUUGCUGGAUGAAACUGUUUCUUGUUUUCCUCCAGCUGCAAGUGUCAGAUACAGUCACUUGCUACUUGUGUAACUCUUGAGGCACCUCAGUUGUAUCCUGGAAAGGGUGGUCAAUUUCCUAGGCUACUUAUCCUGCCUCUUUAAAGUGGGAAUUUACCAUCUAGUUGGCAUGUUGAAGGGGUAGGGAGGAGCAGAGAUAAGACGGUAAGACUUCAUAAGAGCCGGGAACAACUGGAGAGCAAGGUAAGAGAUUAUCCAAUGAAUUAUAGUAAGAGUUUGUUUCCCCUUAGAGUGAAUAUUUAUAGCAGAAUAGACAGAUUGGAAACACAUUAAAGAGCUAAAAAGACCACUGGAAUCAACUGUAGAUACGCCAGUUUUAUUAAUCAUUUAAAAAAUUUUCAUUCCACAAGUAAAUGCGACGCACUGCACUAGCCCUUCCUCCCCCACUGGUGUACAGGAGAGCGAGCAAAACACAGAGCCUACACCUUAGUGGGGUAGAUGAAGAAAAAGGAAAUGAAACUGUGUUAAGUAUUAUGAAGAAAACAAACAAGGUACUGAUACAGGGCCCCCUUUCCUGGGCCCAGAUGUAAACUGAUCCGUGAGUAUGAAAGAAGCCAGCCUUGCGAAGAGCCCACAGACAGAGUGCUAGGGCGGGAAAGAGCAUGGGAGUUUGAGACACCGCAAGUAGGCCAACAUUAAAAUGGCUGGGAGGAGCUGGGGGAGAGCACGUAAGAGGAAGCUGGCGACCUGAAGAGGGGACCAUAAUUUAGGGUCCCUAUAUACCAAGGAAAGAGAUUUGGACUGAAAGUUCAAUGAGGAACCGUAAGAAUGGUAGAUCCUGCUGGCUGCUAUGUGGAAAGCCCGUCAGGAGGAGGUCAUUACAGGAAGUGGGGAGACGAGCUAAGAGAAUACCUACACACCAACGAGCUCUGCUACUUAAAACAUUUUGUGGGGAUUUCAAGCUGAACUUCUGAUGGACAAAAGCUAGAUUUCAUUUACAGACAGGUUCAAGUUACUAUGUUUAUGGAGACAACUCUUAGUUAUCAAACUAGUUUAAGGCCAUGUGCAUUUACUUAUCCCUUUUAGACUUUUAGUGAAAUUGUCAAAAUGGCUGUUUUCAGCAGGAAAUGCUAGGAUGUGUUAGUGCAAAUACACUAACUGAUUAGUUAAGGCCUUAGUGCCAGAGAGCAGGAGGGGAGACUUUGCAUUUCUGAUCUACUCAUUUCACAUGUUUCCUUUCAUGAUUAAAUUUAAACAAUUUGCUGCUUACAUUAUUCUCAACAGAUGCCGAAAAUGAGGCUGUUUGAAUCAACGUUCAAGGUGGAGUCUGCCACUAAGUGUAAUGUAUCAAUAAACUUCAUGCAAGCAUAAAA